AUGCAGACCUACAUCGGGCGGUCUAACCCUCAGGAACACAUCGAUAUGUAUUACGGCAACAUGUUGAUUUCGGGAGUAAAUGAUGCAGUCAUAUGCAACGCUUUCUUCGCCACUUUAGCAGUGCUACAGAAACAUAGCAACAACAAGAAGUACCAUCCAAUUGGAGGCACCAUUUUUCACCAUGUUAUCAACUUCCAUAGGUUGCACCAUUAUAUAACUGAUCUUGCUAGGAAGUACAAGACUUACAGAUUAAUCACACCAUUCAGGAGUGAGGUUUACACUGUAGACCCUAUAAAUGUUGAGUACAUCCUCAAAACAAACUUUGAGAAUUAUGGCAAGGGGGAAUAUAAUAACAGCAUUCUGAAGGACCUGUUAGGUGACGGGAUUUUCACCGUUGAUGGGGAGAAGUGGCGUGAACAGAGAAAGGUGUCGAGCCACGAAUUCUCCACAAGAAUAUUAAGGGACUACAGCAGUGUGGUCUUCAGAAAAAGUGCAGCAACUCUUGCUCGCGUAUUGUCUGAAGCUGCAAACAAGGAGGAGUCAGUUGAUAUGCAAGAUUUCUUCACAAGAACGACUCUAGAUGCGGUGUUCAAAGUAGCUUUUGCGGUUGAUCUGGAUACUGUGCAUGGCUCAAGUGAAGAAGGUGUGAAAUUCACUAAUGCUUUUGUUGUCGCAAGUGAAAUGACACUCCGGCGUUAUGUUGACAUCUCCUGGAAGAUCAAAAAAGCUCUUAACAUUGGAUCAGAAGCCAAGUUAAAGAAAAGUGUCAAAGUUAUUGAUGACUUUGUGCUUAAGCUGAUCCAUACCAAGAUUGAGCAAAUGCACAAGUUUCAGGAUGAUUCCACUUUGGGGUGGAAGAAAAACGACAUUCUGUCAAGGUUCCUGUUGUUGACUGAAACAAACCCGAGAUACUUGAGAGAUGUGACAUUAAACUUCAUGGUUGCUGGCAAAGACACAACAGCUAUUUCUCUUUCCUGGUUUAUAUACAUGCUUUGCAAGCACCCUUCCAUUCAAGAAAAAGUAGCACGAGAGAUUAAAGAAGUAACAAAGGUGGAUAAAAUCACAGAUAUUGAAGAAUUCGCUGUCAAUAUGCCUGAAGAAGCCCUUGAAAAAAUGCAGUAUCUACAUGCUGCUCUAACAGAAACUCUGAGGCUUUGCCCUGUGCUUCCAGUGGAUGCCAAGAUAUGCUUUUCUGAUGAUACGUGGCCGGAUGGAUUCAACGUCAAGAAGGGGGACAUGGUAUGCUACCUGCCAUAUGCAAUGGGGAGGAUGAAAUUUUUAUGGGGAGACGAUGCGGAAGAGUUCAAACCAGAGAGAUGGCUUGAUGAGAAAGGUUGCUUCAGGCAGGAAAACCCCUUCAAAUUUACAGCUUUCCAGGCAGGACCAAGGAUUUGUCUGGGAAAGGACUUUGCUUACCGGCAGAUGAAGAUCUUCUCUGCUGUUCUGUUACAAUGCUUCAUAUUCAAGUUAAAGGAUGACAAGAAAGCUGCACACUACAAAACAAUGAUUAAUCUACUCAUUGAUGGGGGACUGCAUGUUUGUGUCUCCCACAGAUCAGACCUGUAG